ACGAAUUUGCCCAAUCUCAUCCGCCACUUCGAGAACAUCCUCCGCCGCGACGCUCAUUUCCGAUUCCUCACGAAAACCAAGGAAUUCCUCUCCAAACAGCGCGAGCAAGUCCUCAUUCUCGACGACAUCGGAAAACUCCACCAGCAGCUAGGGUUUCCCCGCGGCCGGAAAGUCCUCAAAUCCAUCCUGCGCCACCCGCUCAUCUUCCAAACCUACCGCCACUCUGACAGCAAGAUGUGGUUCGGAUUCACCGAUCUCAUGGAAGAUCUCCUCCGCGAGGAGCGCGAAAUCGAAGCUAAAUCGGAGCUUCAUAGGGUAGAUGUCGUGAGGAAAUUGCUUAUGAUGUCAAUGAAUAAACGAAUCCCCUUGAGCAAAAUCUACCACAAUCGGUUAUUGUUUGGGAUUUCAGAGGAUUUUAGGGAUAAAAUCGUUAAUUACCCUAAUUAUUUUCGAGUAGUCGUUGAAGAUGAUGGCAAAAGGAUUCUUGAGCUAGUGAAUUGGGACGAUUCGCUGGCUGUGAGCGCGUUGGAGAAGGAAUUCAUGGCUGAUGAGAAGAAGGUGAAGAAGGCAUUCAGAUUCCCAAUGAAGCAUGGCAGGAAGCUGGAGCUGGAGUUGGAGUUGGAGCUGGAGCUGGAGGACGAGUGGAAGUUGAAUUUGUUGGAGCUGGACGCCGACUUUUAGAGCAUCUCCAAUAACCGGCGUCACCACCGUGACGCUGAUUUUUCGCCGACGCCGGUUUGACACCGAACCAUUGGAACCGGCGUCGGCGAAAUCGGCGUCAAAAUCGGCGUCGCCA